AUGGCCAACGACGAAGACAAAGACGACCAUCCCAACGUAGUGGUCGAGGAAUUCAAAGUCUCCAUGCAUUGCAAUGCAUGCGAGAGAUCCGUCGCAAAGAUCAUUGCUAAAAUCGAAGGGGUGGAAACAUUCAAGACAGACAUGAACAGACACAUCGUAGAAGUCACCGGGACGAUGGACCCUCAAAAGGUGUUGAAGAAACUGAAGAAGAGGACGGGGAAGAGGGUGGAGAUGCUCGGAAAGAAGGACGACAGUGAUACCUCGAAGGAUGAGCACGAUAAGAGCGGUGGGAAUUUAGAACAAAUUUUCAUGAUCGCCCAUCAAGAGGAUGCCAAUUCGAAGUCGAAGUUCGACUAUUGUUGCGUCGAGAAUGAGACACUGAUGAUGUUCAGUGAUGAGAACCCUAAUGCCUGUUGUCUGACGUAAAUGCAGGUCUUGUGGUUCUCAAUUGAACUUCUAGGGCCUUUUUUCCCCCUGUUAACAAAAUUAGGAUCGACGUAAUUUAUCAAUAAAUCAUGAAUCAUUGAAUUUUGGUUAGUUUUUAUAGAGUGCUAUAUCUGCUAGCCUUUAUUAUUACAUUUUUCAUAUUACAGAUAUUCGGAACUUAUCAACACACAUUUUUCUUAACGAUAUCUAAUUC